UCGUUUAUUUUUAUUUGGCAUUCUUAUAUGAGAGAUUGAAAGUAUCUCAGUAAUUUUCACUUUGUAUAAACACAAUUACGCAUAGUGGGCGUAUAAUAUACUUAGUUAGUUGCUUCCUGACUCUACAUGCAGAAUUAUUUCGAAAAAUAAAAUUGCCGACUUAUAAAUUUGCUAAAUUUCUAGUUUCCAAGGAAUAGGAAUUUUGCCAAACAGACAUUAGUUGUAUAAGUAUUAGACUGUGUACUUAUAUGGUGCGAAGUCCACCACAUUGUUGCCACUUUCUUAGAAAAUAUUGUACUCUGCGUCUAUUUACAUAAGAACAUGGUAUAUUUUACACCAGACACAACUUCAAUCACGAGUGCCAUUUACUGAUAAAUAAGGACGUUGUAAAUAGCUGUCUUUAUAAAUUGACACCGUUAAUCUAACUAAAUAGAUAAUUCUUAACACUAAUUUGCCAAUUCCCUUAUUUGUUUUGAGGCCAUAUUUAAAAUAUCCGUUAAACUAUCCAAAUUAUCAUUUCCUUAAGAGCUUUAUCUAGCUAACGGUCAAUAGGCUAGAGUCGAGAAUACUUCCAUCGUUAAAUUAGUGAUAGUCGAGUCUUCUGCUUGGAUAAAAGUGUUAAAAGUGAUAAUAGCGCAAUGAAUCUUUUAAAUAUUAUACCGAUUAUUUUAUUUAGCGUUAUGUGUGAAACUUUGGAAGUAAACGACAAGUCACAGCACUACGGUAAUAACAGCAGAGACAAGUUGGAAUUCAAUGAAAACAAUACAAAUAAGGUUUCGGCAACAGAGGAUUAUCCGAAAAAUAAAGUACAAAUAAAAGUGUACUACGAAUCCCUUUGUCCAGGCAGUAUCGACUUUUUCAAGAAUCAACUCCGCCCCGCAGUACAGGCGCUCGCACCAUUCUUGGACAUACAUUUGGUGCCUUACGGAAAUGCCAAGACGCGUGAAGUGUCUGGACAUUUUUAUUUUAAGUGCCAGCACGGGCCAGAGGAGUGCUUCGUCAACAGACUUCACGCGUGUGCUGUGGAUGUCCUGAGGAAUGAGUCUCAGGCCGUGAUUUUCAACGCCUGCCUCAUGCAAUACAGCAAGUUUAGGAGGCUCCCAAAGUUUGAUUACCGCAUAGUGGUUAGCUGGUGCAAUUACACACUACAGUUACGAACCCAGGGGAUUUGGGAAUGCGUUAACGGAGACCGAAGUUCUGCUUUGCUCAAGGCUUACGGAGAAGAAACACGAGCCCUCAGGAUUUCGUACGUCCCGUACGUCGUAUUAGGGAGUUCAACAGAUGGCCCAGACGAUGCUGGUGGUGAUCUUAUGUCCACGAUAUGUCAUAAGUUAAGCCCAGCACCACCGCCUUGUGAUAAAUGGAUAAGAACUUAAUUAGUAAAACAUAUUAACAUUAAGAACAGUUUUAUUACCUCAAUGGAUAUUUUACCCAAA